UAUGCAUCAUACAUAAAUGCCGCCUAUAAAUACUCGGAAUCAUUUCAUAUUCUCACACUUCACCAGAAAUAAAACCAAGAAUCAUUCAAUUCAAAUCACUAUUUUUAGGAUCACAGAAUCAUCUCCACAGCUAAAAGAAAUGGGAGAGAUGGAUACCAAAAACGAGAAACCAGUAGCAGAAACUAAGAAAGAAGAGAAGAAGAGUGACGGAGGUGCAAAGAAGGAUGAUGGAAUUGUUACUGUUGUUUUGAAAAUUGACAUGCAUUGCGAAGGUUGUGCUAAGAAAGUCAAGAAAUCUGUUAGACACUUUGAAGGUGUGGAAGAAGUUCAAGGAGACAUUGCAUCGAACAAAUUGACUGUAAAAGGGAAAGUAGAUCCAGUGAAAAUUAAAGAGAAACUUGAGCAGAAAACUAAGAAGAAAGUUGAGCUUAUUUCUCCUUCACCACCUAAGAAAGUUGAAGGAGGAGGUGAAAAGAAAGUUGAAGGAGGUGGUGAUAAGAAGAAAGAAGAAAAAAAGGUUGAAGAAAAACCAGCAGAAAAGAAAACAGAGGAGAAAAAGACAGAGGAAAAGAAACCAGCUGAAAAGAAACCAGAGGAAAAGAAAACUGAGGAAAAGAAACCUAAAGAGGCUCCUGUGGUGACAGUGGUACUGAAGAUUAGGUUGCAUUGUGAAGGAUGUAUAACCAAAAUUAGAAAAAUUAUCACAAAAUAUAAAGGUGUGCAAGAAGUAAAAAUUGAUAACACCAAGGAUUUAGUUACAGUGAAAGGAACAAUGGAUGUGAAGAGUCUAACUCCAUAUUUGAAAGAGAAAUUGAAAAGAAGUGUUGACAUUGUGCCACCACCGGCAGCAGCAGCGCCAAAGAAAGAUGAUGGAGGAAAGAAAGAAGGCGGUGGUGGUGGUGAGAAGAAAGAAGGCGGUGGUGGUGGUGGUGAGAAGAAAGACGGUGGAGAGAAGAAAAAUGUUGAAGUAAAAGCUGCCGCAGGUGGCGGUGAUGGAAAUAAGAAAGUUGAUCAAGCUCCGGCUCAGGCAGGAAAAGCUGAAGUCGGAAUAAACAAGAUGGACUACUAUGCAGGACAAGGAGGAUACGGGUACGCAAACGGAUACGGAUUUAACCCCGGGUACGGAGCUGCACCUGCCUACGCGUUUCCUGGCCCUGUGUACGGUUCUGGUCCUGGUGUUGGUUACUCGCAAGGCCCCGGAUACGGUCCUGGUCCAGGAUACGUCGUCGAAUAUGUACAUGCUCCACAAAUAUUCAGUGAUGAAAAUCCUAAUGCUUGUUCUGUCAUGUGAGAAAAAAGAAGAUCAAAAACUAAGACAAUGUAAAUAAACUUAGAACUAGAAUAUGAAUGAAUGCUUUUUUUUCUUCGGAGUAAAUAUCAAAAUGAGAAAUAUUUAUUUUUGAAAGACAACUAAAAACUCAAAAAAAAAUGGUUUUGAGGUUUUUGGUGGUGCGGUUGGUGGUACUUGGAUUCAAUGUCGUGGUAAAAAUGAAAAAAAUGUAAUUUUCUAAGUUGUCAAUUCAGUUUUCACUUUUGUUUUAA